AACUUGCAUAGAAUGCACAGACUGUAGUUGCAUUUCCGCUGAAAUCUUCGAAGAUUACCCGGUUCAGUGACGGAGAAUAGGUGAGGUUGCCAACUGUUUUUUCGGGAAACAUCAGCGAAAUGUAGCAGAUUGUGGAUGCAAAGAGUUCAAAUUUGUCCCUGUGACGAAAAACGAGACAGACUUCUCCUGGCUGUAGAUGACAGAGAGGAUGACUGCGAGCACAGCCAACUACCUGUGGUCUUUGGGAGAUGUUCUUGGUCAGGGUGCCACAGCCAGUGUCUACAAGGCCCGCAACAAGAGGACAGGGGAGCAGGUUGCGGUGAAGGUGUUUAACCAUUUGAGCUACAGCCGUCCGUACGAGGUUCAGAUGAGAGAGUUUGAAAUGCUCAGGAGACUCAACCACAACAACAUCGUCAAGCUCUUCUCUGUGGAGGAGCUGAGCAAUAAACAAAAGGUGUUGGUGAUGGAGUAUUGUUCAGGAGGCAGUCUGCUCAGUCUGCUGGAAGAGCCAGAGAACACCUUCGGUCUGCCUGAGACAGAGUUCCUCAUAGUACUACAGUGUGUGGUGCAAGGGAUGAACCAUCUGCGUGAGAAGGGGGUGGUGCACCGGGACAUUAAGCCUGGGAACAUCAUGCGUCAGGUGGGAGAGGACGGGAAGUCCGUCUAUAAGCUAACAGACUUCGGAGCGGCCAGAGAACUAGACAAUGAAGAGAAGUUUGUCUCCAUCUACGGAACAGAGGAAUACCUGCACCCAGACAUGUAUGAGCGUGCAGUACUGCGUAGGCCCCAGCACAAGGCCUAUGGUGUGAGUGUUGACCUGUGGAGUAUUGGAGUGACGUUUUACCACGCUGCCGCCGGUUCUUUACCCUUCACACCCUACGGAGGACCCCGCAGGAACAAACCCACCAUGUUUAAGAUCACCAAAGAGAAGCCAGUAGGGGCCAUUGCUGGAGUUCAGAAGGUCAACGACGGACUUAUAGAGUGGAGCUACGAGCUACCAAACAGCUGCCUGCUCUCAAAGGGCCUGAGGUGUCAGCUAGUCCCAGUGUUAGCUGGGAUACUGGAGGCAGACCAGGAGAAGUGUUGGACAUUCGCCCAGUUCUUUUCUGCCACCACAGAGAUACUACAGAGAGUCUCGGUCUAUCUGUUCUCCCUGCAACAGGCCACAGCUCACCGCUUAUACAUUCACCACUACAACACGGCGGCCAUCUUCUGUGAGGAAGUGGCGUCUCAGACAGGGGUGGGGCUGGAGCAACAGCACUUCCUGUUCCUGGGACAUGACCUUUCCCUGAAGGGCUCUAUGAAGGUGGUCAACUUCCCCUCCACCUCGCCCUCCCAGCCGCUACUUCUGCUUAGUCGCACUCCAGAGACACAUGCUGGCCUCCCCUUCAGAGAACCUGAGAUGCCCAACAUCCCAUCCCGGUUUGACAUUAUGGCAGACUAUUCUUUCUCCAAGUUGAUAGUAGGAGUGGUCUAUCAGUACCUGAGGAUAGUGCGUUCCUUACACACACACAGAGAACUGUUCCUACAUGGAUACUACAGCUACAUGGAGAAGGUGGGUAGGGAGUGUGGUGACUCGCUGCUGACUAUCAGCAUGGUCAACAUGAGACUGCACUCCUGCCUCAGUUCUGAGCACAGACUACACACCCUAAGACAGUUCCCCCUGCAAGCCCCAGACUCUACUGACGACAGCAAGAAGCUGCGACUGAUCAGGGACAACCUGCCAGUGUACGCCGGAGCGAUCCGGGAAUUCCAGACCCGUCUAGAACACAUGCAUGUAGAACUGGCCAAACACUCUGAGAAUCUGGCUGAGGACAACAGCAUCCAGAAGAUGGAGUUCCUCCUGGAGAAGAUCAUGGCCAUCCACCAACAGUACCGCAAGGACCGACUGACUGGAAAGCUUGCCUACAAUGAUGAGCAGAUACACAAGUUUGAGAAGAUCCACCUGUCGUCCCAUAUAAAGCGCGUGAAGGUUCUGUUUAGAGAGGAAUGCCUACAGAAAUAUCGAGACCUGCUGGACUCCGCAUCGACCUGGAGCAGUGUUCUCCGUGAGAUGCAGUGCAGGCUGUCAGACUUUGGCAAUUUCUCCCGAGGGCUGAUGGGGGACCUGGAGAUGUGUGAGGAGCGCCAGAACAAGUUCCUGGACAGAGUUCUGCUCAGAGUCCAGCCAGGACAGACAGGCCCAGGGGGUCAGGAGGCCACACCCAGGGACAAGGACCACAUGGUCCUCAGGAUGCAACAGCUAAAGGAGGAGAUGGAGAUAGUGGUGAGAGAGUUGAAAUCCAACAACAACAUCAUUGAGAGUCUGGGAGCUGUAACCUCUGCAGCUAUGCUGGAGCCUGAUCUACCCAGACCCAUCGGACUGUGACCAGACAACCACACACACACUCAGAAAGACAGACAGACAGACAGGACAGACAGACAGACAGACAGAAGAGAGAGCAGUAGAUAGAUUCCCUCAUCUACCCAGUGCUCCUGCUGAAAUUGGUCAAACGGAAGCUCAGGACCAAGCCAAUAUGGUCUCAUUAGUAUGUGUGUACCAUGAUUAAACCCAUAAAUGACCACUGGACGUGUGAAAUCAUAAUGCGAUUUAAACAUUUGUUUAUUUUGAAAUGAUUUCCCGGCUACAAAGUCACAAGGGAGAACAUACAGUGGGUGACAUCAGCUGCCUUCAGACAUGAAACAUGAGGAAAUGACAUGCAGAGAAAACACUGGCUGAGCACACACACACACACAUACAGACAGUAACCUGCCAAUUGAUUAGCUAUUUAGCAGUCUUGUUUAGAAGUCUUAUGGCUUGGGGGUAGAAGUUGCCGCUUGCCAUGCGGUAGAGAGAGGCUGGAGUCUUUGACCAUUUUUGGGGCCUUCCUCUGACACGGCCUGGUAUAGAGGAGCUGGGUGGCAGGGAGCUCGGCCCCAGUGAUGUAUUGGCUAUAUGUACAUAUACCCUACCAAGCGGUGAUGCAGCCAGUCAAGAUGCUCUCGAUAACGUUUUGAGGAUUUGAAGGCCCAUGACAAAUCUUUUCAGCCUCCGGACUUCACUGUGGAAUUACUGAAUAUCUACAACCUCUCAAUUUGACUCAGUGCCAACUGGUUUGAGAAUGACUGAUGAAGAGUAGACUGACAAACAGGAGGUUUUCCUGAGUAAACAAGAAACAACUAAACUCAUCACAAUGUAAACUAAAUACACUUUAAUAAUGUGAAAGUGAAAGGUACUUGUGUUUGAGCCUUAUGUGUGCGUGGUUGGGUGUUUGUGACAGGGGUGUUCUGCAAACCAUUGGGGGAAUUUCUGUCUCGUGGGGAACAAGCUCACUGCGUCAUGUGGUUUCUUAUAAAACAGAUGAUGUAUUGUGACAUGGAAAUGUUUAUAAUUUUCCUAAUCGUAACACAGCAGGCUAAAUGGUUAGCAUUUGUACUUCUUCAUAAGCUAUGUACGUGGAUGGGUUCACUGAUGUCUAUCCCCAUCUUUAUAGGUUCUAUGUACUGUAUGCUAAUAGCAACAGAACAAGUUCAGAAGUUCAUGGAUUUUUGUCUUUG